CUUUUUCUUGUUUCUAUGCAGAUAUUGCCUUCGCAUCAUGAAGAGUACAAAGAGAUGUGCUCAAUUAAUCUUGAUUCUCAUAAGAAGGCAAUGGAGAUGGAUGUGGGAAUGAAGCACAUGCAGCAGGCUCUUAUUGAGAGCGAAACAGAUGCUGAGCAUCUCCUUCUAGCUCGAAACCAGCUUGUUGAAAAUGACAAGCUAAGAAACGGGAAUAGAGAAGCCUUAACUGCACUCCGCAAGAUUGCUCGCACAACAAAAUCCAGUGUUCCAUCUCCUUUUGAUAAAAUUAUGGAAGAGCUAUCUGGAGCAGAUUCAAGACCUUUAGUGAAAGAAAUUUGCCCAACAUGUGGAGAUCAUGACCCCAAGCAACAUACCUGGAUUAUGUUACCGGGUUCUGACAUUUUUGCUCGCAUGCCUUUUCAUGCAGUUCACACAAUUUUAGAAAAAGAUCAAGAAAGACUAGAUUACAACACCAAGACACUGCAGAGUUAUGUGAAGGAGAAAUCCUUCACCUUAUCUGAAAGAGGAGCUCUUGCAGAUAAGAUUAAUCCUGGCAUUCUCAAGUCCCUGGUCACAUUAAAAGAUGAGCAUAAAUGAACUGCAGUAUCUUUUGCUUGCUUGUCUUCUUGAAUCUCCAGUUUUCUUCAGAAAUGUAACGGCUACUUGUAUUUUUAAAUUUCCAUUUUUUAUGUGGAGUGCUGUUCUUUUUAAUAAGUGGAGGAUCAUUACGUUACAAUUGUUGUGCAGAAUUCCAACUUGAUCUGUGUGGUAAGAGAAAUUUACAGUCUGGUUUUUA